AAAAUAGGAAGCCAAUUCAAAUCUUUGUCUACCUUAAGACUUUCUUCACUGUGGGAUCUUUUGGCAUCAUACGCCUGUCAGAUACUGAUUUCAUGCUUCAUUCUAUUCGUUAUUAUCUGUGGGAGAAAUAAAAAAACUAAUUAUGGUUUUUCAUAUACGUGAAAUUACCAGCUUACUAGUAAAAUAUGGAUGUGAUUCAUUCCUAAAACACAAUUACAAUAUUAUUCUAACAAGAAGUGCUUCAUCUCGUCCAUUUAAAAUACCGGAAACAAAUACAAGAUGUGAUGAGCUACAACCAGAACCAUCGAACCAACCAAUUAUGACAUCAAGAAAACUUCAACCUCCGGUUUACUGUUCUGCUAAUUCUCGUGGUUCUCGAUUAACAUGGUUAGAAACAUUGAAACCACUAGGCGUUUCAAAAUCUUCCAAUUCUCAAAGUUUACUUGGUAUGAUUGAUUUGCAUCCAGAUAUAUUUGCUGUAUUUCCACGUAUCGAUUUGGUGCAUAAAAAUUUAUACUGGCAAGCUCAUUAUCGGUUAAUUGAUUGGCGUUGUAUAACAACACGAGCAGAAUUAUCCUAUCGAACUAGAAAAAAACCUUGGCCUCAAAAAAAAACUGGAAAAGCUCGACAUGGUAAUCGUCGUACUCAUAUAUGGCUCAAUGGAGGACAGUGUAAAGGCCCACGUGGACCAGAGUCUUUUUUCUAUCUUCUCCCUUAUAAUGAACGCCUUGCUGGUUUAUUAUCAAUGUUAUCUAUAAAGCAUGCACAGAAUGACUUACAUAUUGUUGAUGAUUUUAUGCUUUCAAAAACGUUGGAAGAAGAUGCUAAAACUAUUUUAACUGAAGCACAAACUGCUUCUCUUAACUUGAAUGAUUUGGAAGAUCCACUCUCUGCACUUAAUAAAACACGUCAUUAUCGUUUAACUAAAACAAUGAACGAAGCAGCAAUAUAUAUUCGUCAAUUGGCAGAUCUACGUUGUUGGGGUCCAUCUAUUUUGUUUGUCGAUGCACAUUCUCCAGCAAGUCAAUUGGCAGUCCCAUGUCCUGGGAGCGAAAACAUUGAUAAUGAUAAAACAGACAACAUGAACUCUAGUUAUGAUAAUCUAGCAAUUAGUUUGGCAUGCGGUUCCUAUGAAAAUCAUGUGAAGAGCGAGAUUUCACCGGAGUCAUCAGCAUUCAAACUUGAUUCUAUUGCUCCACGAGCUACUCAUCCUGGUAGAGGUUUAACAUUAAUGCCAGUUCACAGUUUAAAUGUUUGGUCUAUGGUACAUCAUGACACAUUAGUCAUAUCAUUAAAAGCGUUAGAAAUGUUAGAAGAGAGACUUAUCGCUGCCCAAACUGUUGUAGUUCGUGACGAGUACAGCGAGGCACCGUAUUUGCAUCCUACAACUCCUGAUUGGUUCACUGCUGAAGUGGAUGGACAAGCGGAUGACUAUGUAAAUAAAUCGUUUGAGAACAGACACUUUACUGAUAUUAUAGGCUCAUCAAAAUGGCGAAGAGAUACUCUUUGAUUUGUCCACCUUACAGUUAUGAUUUAUAUUAUUUCCUAAGCCAAUAAAUCAUAAUCCUACUAAUUUUUUUGUAUUAACUGUUGCGUCAUGUAGUGGGUGUUUUCUUCUGUGUUCUUUGACAGACAGUGUGUGGCUGGGUAUAAUUAUUUGUACUUCGUUAUGCCAGUUCGUAAAGCGAGUAAAAUUAACUUCGUUGAAAUGACUUUAAUUCUAGGAUAUAAAAUAAUUGUUCCGAGUUAUAGGUAGACUUAUGUUGCGGCCACCCUUUAAGUCCAGAUCCAUACAAAAACAUUUAUUCGAGAAAAGAAUUCCGGCUUCCUUCCAUGUUCUCUACAAAGCGGCCUGGAUAGUUAUUUUCAGUCAACGUUUCUCUGAGGAACGCAUGUCUUUCAUUAUCAUGAAUGUUACUUAUUCGGUAACAUAAAGAGUGAAUAAGAUUCCUCUUUCUGCUUAAUGCAAGUAAGCUGUAAAAGUUGAGCGUCUCAUGUUUCUUUUCGGCAAAUGGACUUUUUUAGGGACCCAUCACUCCUUGCUUAAAUGACCAGCCCAGUAGAAAUUGGGUCAGAUUUACUUCUAAAAGUUUUGGUCAAUAUUUAAACAUCGUAGUUUAACUAUAAAAACGGUUCUGCAUUCCCCAAAUCCACUUAGCUUCCUUCAUUUUUCCGAUAUAAAUCGCACUCAUCAUGCUCUGCUGGUUUUUAUAAUCAUUGUAUGAUGAACAAAAGUUAAGCCUAGGGUUAGGUCUUAACUCAUUCUCAGGUGAAUAACCUGUAGGAUUAGAUUGUUUUAAUCGUUCAUGACAUUUAAUCAUGUUAUUUCCCUAUUAAUAAUUUAUACAUUAGCAUAUUUACUUCUUAGACCAAACGAUCUUUAUUUUUACUGAUUUGGUGUUCCGUUUUCCGAUACCACUUUAUUUGAAGAUUUUAGUCAAUAUUCCUUCCUAAUAAGCAGUCAUCAUUCAGCCACAUCGUACCAGUGUAUUACGUCUGCCAAUAGGCACUAGAUCCACUCACCUAAAGUGAUAAAUCGUAUCUGGAAAACGAUCAUGAAUUGUAUCAUCUAGAGUUCAGUUGAGG